AUCACCCAUAUUUUCUCCUCCCCCCAUCAAAUAAUCACAAAGAAGAGAGAAACAUUUCGAGAACGAAAAAGGAAAGCAAGACAAAAGAAGAGGCCUUUCCUUUUUCUUUCUCCUCUCCAACAAACCAUACCAUGCAUAGCCAUACCACAACCAUGGCGACUAGUAAUACACCCUUUCUCCCUCUCCUCACCAUCGCCAUCUUCCUCUCCAUCCCUCUCCUCUCCCAUUCCGAGCCACAACUCACCCUCGACUACUACAAAACCACGUGCCCCGACUUCGCGAGGAUCGUGACCGCGACAGUCACCACGAAGCAGAUCGCCACCCCGACGACCGCUGCAGCCACGCUCCGGGUCUUCUUCCACGACUGCAUGGUCGACGGGUGCGAUGCCUCGGUGCUCAUCGCCCCCAACAGCUUCCACAAGGAGGAGCGCGACAACGAGCUCAACCACGCCCUGCCGGGCGACGGGUUCGACAUCGUCACCCGGACCAAGACGGCCCUGGAGCUAGCGUGCCCCAGGACCGUCUCGUGCGCGGACAUCCUGGCCCAGGUUGUGCGCGACCUGGUAGUCAUGGUGGGAGGGCCCAACUACCCAGUCUUGCUGGGCCGCAAGGACAGCCUGGUCUCGCGGCUCAGCGACGUGGAGCCCAACCUCCCCCAGCCCAACAUGACCAUGGACGUCAUAAUCAACCUCUUCGAGUCCAAGGGGAUCACGGUCCACGAGAUGGUGGCCCUCGUCGGGGCCCACACCCUCGGGUUCGCCCACUGCUCGGAGUUCGCCGACCGGAUCUACCACUACGAAAAGAACAUCCCCACGGACCCCGACAUGAACCCGACAUACGCGGAGGCAUUGAAGAAGUUCUGCUCCAACUACACCAAGGAUCCCACCAUGUCGGCAUUCUUGGAUUUGUACACUCCGGGGAAAUUUGACAACAUGUAUUACCGGAACCUGCUCAAGGGGUUGGGACUCCUGGCGACGGAUCAACUGAUGGCAGAGGAUCCGAGAACGAAGCCCUUCGUGGAGCGAUAUGCUGCGAAUCAGACCGCCUUCUUCGAGGAUUUCGCCGAGGGAAUGCAGAAGCUGGGGAUGGUGGAUGUCAAGACUGGGGAUGAGGGGAAUGUCAGGGACAGGUGUGACGUGUUUAACACGUUCAGGGCUUAAAUUUGCCCUAACAAGAGAUUGAAUCCAGAUUGGAUCAGAAAAAUUUCAAGUGCGCUUUGAUGAGCAAGACCUUAAUUAAUUCGAAACACAAUAGGAAAUUGAUUGGGGAAAAAAACUUGGAAAGAGUACUGAUGUAAGUUCUGUUUGAUGUUAUAUGUAAGUACUUUGGUUAAUGCUAUUCUGUAACAUCUUGCUUAAGUUUAAUACACGCAGUAACUGUCU